UCCGGGUGUUCCUAAUGUCAAGCGAAGUCAACGAACUGUUGAACUUGGCGGUUCUAAAUUGUAUUUUAGCAGCGAAAACCCAAAAUGCCCCCAAAAAAGCGCGAUAAAGAUAAUGAAACAAAUAAGAGUACAAAAAUAGAUCAUUUACAAGCGGACCAUGAGUUAUUUUUACAAGCAUUCGAAAAACCAACUCAAAUUUAUAGAUUUCUACGUACCCGUAACAUGUUAUCGCCUAUAUUUCUUAAUCGAACUUUAUCUUAUAUGAAAAGGAGGAUGUCGAGAAGCAAUAAAACUCGUAUAGGUUUUAGUGUAGAUUCAUUAUUAGAGAAAAUUACUCAAAAGAAGAGUACUGAUUUGCAACCAAAUAGUCUAGGAGGUUAUAUGACCUUAACAUUCUUAGGAUUUUAUGAUAAAAGCCUAGGUGACUCUAAGAACUACCAAGUGAAAGUAGAAACUCUGUUGUUAAAAAUUUGCCAUAAGAAAAGAAAGGAAAGCUCAUCAGCCAUAGUGGAAGUUUCAGUUGGCAGCUGCUCUGUACCAUUAAACCCAUCAACAUCAGAGCCACCUGCAAUGGCCUCUGCUGUUAGUAUAGCUAGUGAUACAUUUAGCCCAUCACAAGGUCCUAAUGUGAAGUCCUACAUGCUUAUGUUAAGAGUGACAGUUACUAAAUCAAUACCAAGCUCUAACACAAACGGAUCAACUACAGCUGGAAUAACAAAUGGGUCUUCAUCUGACGAUGAACCUCUAACAAAACGCAUAAAGCCUGCAGAUGUGAAUACUAAUUCAGAUAAUAAGUGGAGCAAACUCUAUGGGAGUGAACUUAUUGUGUAUGACAAACAUAAUAGAUGUCUUUUAACAAAUGGGGAAUAUGAUUUAGUACUACAUGAUACUACACCAGGUGGUAGAAGUGCGACAAUAGCUAGAUCUCCACAUAAAGCCUUGAUGGCCCAGUGGGAAACUAUACCUAAUGAAAAUGAUUUACACACAGAAACAAAUCCUUUUGAUAUAUUUAAAGUGCGUCCACUUUUAAAACUGAAACUCAGUUGGAGUCAAGAGCCAACAAAUGGUCUUGUAAAUAGACCAAAACUCUACCAAGCCAAUGAGACUAACGGAACUAAGAGAGACUCCUCUACUGUUAAUAAGGAUAGACUAUCAACACAGAAGAAUGGCAAUGGGGAACAUAAGAAUAAUGAUAAAAAAGAAAAUAAUGGCGAAACAAAAAGGCAACAAAUAAUUUACCAGUUCCUAUACAACAAUAACUCGAGACAGCAAACAGAAGCCUGUGAUGACCUACAUUGCCCGUGGUGUUCUUUAGACUGUGGAACUCUGUACUCAUUGCUCAAACACUUGAAGCUUUGCCAUUCCCGAUUUAACUUUACAUACUUUCCAAUACCGGGCGGGGCUCGAAUCGACGUAUCAAUAAAUGAGCUAUACGACGGGUCAUACACGGGUUCACCGCAUGACCUAAUCGCGUCCCAAGGACGGUCGUCUGCCAGUGGCCCCAGGGCAGGCCCUACCCGUAGGGCCUCGCUUACCCAUCUCCUAAUUUGGAGGCCCCGAGCCAGAAGACGAGCUCAGAGGCAUAGCUUAGCUGAGUUCUUGGAGUUGGAUGAUGCUGACGUUCUAGAUGCACAGAGGCCAUAUAUUACUGGGCAUAAUAGGCUAUACCAUCACACUAUAACCUGCCUGCCAGUGUACCCCAAUGAACUAGACAUUGACUCAGAAAGUGAAACCGACCCUCUCUGGCUCCAACAAAAGACCAUGAUGAUGAUAGACGAGUUCACAGACGUCAACGAGGGCGAGAAAGAGUUAAUGAAGAUGUGGAACCUUCACGUGAUGAAGUACAAUUACGUGGGAGACUGCCAGAUAUCGCUCGCUUGCCAAAUGUUCCUCCAAAUGAAGGGCAAGGAACUCUUAGAGAAGAAUCUCUAUAGAAACUUUAUACUCCACAUGUGUUCACUGCACGAUUUCGGGUUAAUAACCUCAGUGGCGUUGUACCAAACGGUGCAGAUGCUCAAUCAAAUGCUCGCAGACAACGCGGAAGCCAAAGAGAAGAUGCGUGAGUCGCUCAAAGCGCAAAGGGAACAUUGGAACACGGUCGGGAAGUUCCAGCAACCGGUCGUGAUAGAGGCGAAGCCGCAAACCACCACUGCCAAGUUAAACGUGGAAGCGUCGCCUUCUGUCAGGAGAAAGACUUCGAAUUUACAAAACGCAAAUAGAAUGGCGAGCACUAGUUCCAAUUUCAAAUCGGCCAGCCCGGCCCCGAAUGGGGAAAAGCGGAAAAUGUCUUCCGGAAGUAUUCAGAGCCGGAAACGUUCGUCGAUCUCGGAAAGGAAAAGUUCUGUAUAGCAAAGACUGGUCUUCAAUUGAGGCUUCGAUUCAGUGAUAUUGUGUUUAGGAAAUUUUGUUUGGGUGAGUGGGUGAGUAGGUGAGAUUGAAUUAUGUUUCAUUUUGCGUAAUCGCCCGAUUUAGUUUUAAGUGUUCCAUUAAAUGGAUAGCAAUAGUUUGCUGAAUUUUCGAUCGUAGAUCUCGCAGUCAAAACAUGGUGCCCAGUGUUUUGAUUUAUCAGUGACUAUUUAUGCGAUUGGGGCAAAAAAAUACCCACGCUCGAUAUAUAGAAGUUUAACUGUGACUGAAAUGUUUAAUUAUUAAAAUACGAGAGAAUUAAAAACGAAAUGUUUCGCGAUAUAAGGACAGACCAGCUACAAUAUACAAUUACAUUUAAUUCAUGAAUAUCAACUUGAAGUUCCUAAUUCGUAAGUUAGACUCUAGGACCGAAUAGGGCGUGGUGUGAUUCAGAAAUAAACGUAUUACAAGAUUUUUUCUCGAAAGCGAUGUUAUACUUGUUUUACUAAAAAUCCAAGUGUUAUUCUAAUCGUCUAAGACUAAGAGUACUUUAACAUCUUUAGUUACACGCCAAACCAAAAUAUCUAUAGACCUUGUCUGUGGAAUAAAAUUGAGGUACAUUUUUCAAGGAUUGGUCGAUGUAUGGAAUGUUUGGUAAAGUGUAUGUGUAUGGUACUUAAGUGUAUGUUUCUUUGAAAGUGUAUUAAGACAUUUCAUUUUUUUGUGCUCGAUUUUUCAUUAAAUUUAACAGUAUUGUAUAAAAUUUAAACAAAAGAUGUGUCCUAUUUUCGUUAGGUCUAACGCGAAUUGUUCUCCCUGUUCCCAUAUUAUAUACAAGUCAUAGUUAUUACGAAUCGUCGAUAUUAUUGACAACGCAGACAGACUGUACAGUACAGACAUUAAAUAUGGACACCAAGCGUAAGCUAAUCAGAUCUCUCUGUCUCUGUCUGACAUAUUAGACGCAAGCUUUACUACGGGACUAGUUACAAAAGGUAGCAAUUUCGCCUGACACACAACUCGACGCUUCGAUUGUUUCUUAGCCACCGUGGUCAAACUUGCGUUCAUAAGCUCAAAGAUUUAUUUAAAUAUAGAAUGCGGGAAUCAAAGACAAAUUUCUCAAUAUUGCAUAGACAACUUUCAGUUUAGUUUUUUUGACAGGUGUGUACUCACAGAGUUUACACGGUUACUGUUAGUCUGAGAGCGUUUUGUCUGUGGAACUCCUCUAAGUCAUUUUCGUAUAGAAAAUCUUUGUAGUAAAUAUGUGUCAAUGUGAGGUAAUGUGGCUAUAGAUUGCAUAUUAUAAGUCUGUGUGCGGUCCAAAUUGUAAAUAAUCGAGUAAAGAUUAUACCUUCGUUUUCGUUCGGCGUUAGGUUGAGAUUCCGAAAUGAGACAGCGCUCAGUCUGACGUACGACAAAAAUGUAAUGGAUUUUGACAUACGGAAGUAAAGUUAAUGUUGGCGCAAUCUUGUUUAUGAAUCUCACCUAAGUAUCGAACGAUAGUUUGAAUAAGUACCCAUAACCAUCAAAGCAAGAAAAUUUUUAGUUUUUAUCAUAGCAAGAUUGCUAAUACGUCAUCUGGUUUUGAUUGUAAAUUUUGUUGCAUAACAAUUCUCAAUAACUAGUACUGCUAGUUCUUAAUAGACUAAAUUGAAUAUAGACGAGUUUGUAUAGUGUAUUUUUAAAAUGCUUAUACAGGAUUGAUUCGUAUUUGCUAUUCGUCUGUACAUAUUAUUAAAAAUAUGUUUCAUCGACUGGGUAUUGAUUGCUAAAUUUGUGAUUGAGCCUAGUUGUGUUAGAAAUAGCGUCAAUGUCAAAUUGAUUUCUGACAAUUGUGUUCAAAGGGGUGAGACGCAUUUAGUAUCCGUUUAAGAAAAAUAUUGAAUGAUUGCAAUAAGCAAUGAGAUUUCUGUGUUCAAAUAAUGUACAAUUCAAUGUAUGAAAUAAUGACUAUGCAAUAAGUUUAAAGAAUAUGAUCUGCUAAUCGAACACAAAACAAGACUGUAAAACUCAUUGCCUUAAUUUCGUAAUUUUGAUAGCAAUAAGCUAAACAAUACAUUUAAUUUAAUUUCAUUAGUAUUAUAUCCGUUUAAGGAUACGGUUAUUUGCCCAUAGAACUUUGUUUCUUUAUCCGUUUUCACUAAGAUUGUACUUAGCUAAUGAAUUAUUAAAUAAUUAUUUAAAGUA